AGUGCGGCUCAUGUUUGACAGCCCUUCUUCCAUUCCCUUCGCAUUUCCUCUCCUUUUUCCUUCAGUUCUGCAGAUUCACCCUGUGCUAGGCCCGCUGCUACACAGAGGUGCCCAGUGGUCCCUUCACCCUCCCUCAGCCCUGCACGGGUGUCACCAAGGCCGUGCACCGUCCUCAGCCUCUGCGCAGGAGGUGCAGCCCUCAUCUGCGGCGGGGGGCCUGUCCCUGCAGCCAGAUGCGUGAAUAGGGUGGGUGCGCACAGCGUCCUGUCUGCGAGCUGCCUCUCCCGUGGAUGUGCUCGGCAGUGACACCCACUGGACAUAUUCUUAAUCACACUUUGCGAAGACCCUCGGGAAAGGGAUUUCGAGCUGCUCCAGGAAGCGGCGAGGACGAUGGGACGAGUGUGCUCAGGUGACGGGGAGAACUCUGCAGGAUGCGCGGCGGCGUCUUUUGUUCACUGUACGUUUGAUCGCCCUUUGCGUGCUUUCCCAUCGUGGUGCCUUCUGCACCCGGAGCUGCGGUUGUGAGACGCACAGACGCCCGGGUCCGCCGGGCACCAACUGACCUGCGCGCUAGCUCCCAUCGCGCCUGCUCCGCACGGGGACAUUGCUUUGGUCGGGGCGGGCGGCCCCCGAAUUCUCUAUUUCUGGGUGCAUGCAGGAUGCCAGGGCUCAUCCUGGCCACGCCCCUUGGGGCGCCACCGCUGUCAGGGCACUUGCCCUGUCUCAGCCUCCCCUGUCCCAACUGCAUGGCGGUGCUCCUGGGUCCCGCGGGGAGACUGCUUAGCUCAGUCCUGACAUGCACGGUGACUGCAGUGACACUGCUCUGGGACUCACACCCGGGCUCCGUCCUGCUCCUGAGAGACUCAGCGUGGACAGACCCAGCAGCUCUGUGGGGGUCAAGUAGUUCCCCGCACUACACUUCAGGAAGCUGCAAAAUGGUGCUCACUUCAGCUCUGGCCUUUAAGGUUUCUGAGGCGAGAAUUAAACUGGAAGCCAGGUGUGCGGUACAGACCUGCCAUUCCAGCACUCCGGGAGGCUGAAGCAGGAGGGUCACAAGUCAGCGCCCAGCCAGGGUAACUUGGCAGUUUAGGGAAACUGUCUCGGAAAACAAUGGCUGAGAUGUUGCUCCCUGCAAAUGCCGGGCUUCAACUCCAGUACCGCAAAGAAAAAAGGAACGAUCAACUUAAAUAGCUGUUCAUGUCACGCUGACGGAGACGCUGAGGGGUACUAAAACGCGCAACACUGUUCUCAGAAAGCUGAAGUCAGAGGCGAGGGCCCUGCGCCCAGGCUGAGGACCAGGCCCUCCCGUCAGUCAGUGACUUGCAGAGCCGCACCCUCAGCCUGCGCCGGCAGAUAAGCAGCGCCAGCCGAGCCGGCCGCGCCCAGGGCCGUCCUGUGGGCACACAGCAGCGAGUUCGCCGCCGCCGCUCACCCCGUCACUGGGUCACCCGGUCACCCGGACACGCGGUCACCCUGGUCAUCCGGACACCUGGACACCCGGUCACCCUGGUCAUCCUGACACCUGGACCCCCGGCCACCCAGGUCACCCGGACACCCGGACACCCGGUCGCCCGUCCAUGGCGUCAGGCCCGGGCGCGCGGCUGCAGGAGGACGCGCGCUGCGCCGUGUGCCUGGACCUGCUGCGCGCGCCGGUGAGCGUGGACUGCGGACACAGCUUCUGCGCCGCCUGCGUGCACGCGCUGCUGGACACACCGCACGACCGCGCUGCGGGAGGCGGCGGAGGAGCACAGGGUGAAGCUGCAGCUGGCCUUGGAGGCAGUGAGGAAGGAGGUGGACGAGGCGUCUGCCCAGGAGGUGACUGUGGGGAAGAAGAUCGUGGUGUGGAAGGAGAAAGUGGAGGUGCAGAGGCAGCGGUUCCGGCUGGAGUUUGAGAAGCACCGUGGCUUUCUGGCUCUGGAGGAGCAGUUGCAGCUGCGGCGGCUGGAGGAGGAGGAGCGGGCGACCUUGCAGAGGCUGCGGGACAGCAGGGCCCAGCUGGCCCAGCACAUUAAGGCCCUAAAGGAGCUUGCGGAGGAGCUGGAGGAGCGGAGCCAGAGCAUGGCCCUGCGUCUGCUGGAGGGUGUGAGCGAAGUCUUGAGCCGAAGCAAGGCUGUCACACGGCUGGAACCUGAGGCCACACCCCUGGAGCUGAGGACUGUGUGCCACAUCCCUGGGAUGAGGGACAUGAUGAGGAGGUUCCAAGUGGACAUGAAGCUGGACCCCACCACGGCGCACCCCAGCCUGCUGCUGACCACCGACCUGCGCUCAGUGCAGGACGGGGAGCUCUGGAGGGACGUCCCCGGGAGCCCCGAGCGGUUCGACACCUGGCCCUGCGUGCUGGGCCUGCAGAGCUUCUCCUCUGGCCGGCACUACUGGGAGGUGGUGGUGGGCGAGAAGGCCGAGUGGGGCCUGGGCGUCUGCAGAGACUCGCUGCCCAGGCAGGGCGAGGCCGCCCCAUCCCCCGAGAACGGCGUGUGGGCGCUCUGGCUGCUGCGGGCCGCCGAGUACAUGGUGCUGGGCUCGCCAUCCGUGCCACUGCUGCAGUCCAGGCCGGGCCGCGUGGGGGUCUUCCUGGACUACGAGGCCGGGGAGAUCUCCUUCUACGACGUCACCCACGAGUCCCACAUCUACACCUUCAGCCAGCUCCUGUCCGGCUUCCUGCGGCCCUACUUCUUCAUCUGUGACAAGAACCCUCUGGUUCUGCCCCCUGUGAUGGAGGCAGAGUCAGGAAGCGGGGCAUCCAGAACUCCGCCUGACCCCAGUGGUCCCGAGAUGCCUCCAUGAGGACUCGCUGCUGCCUGCGAGGUCCUCGGGCAGGAGGCUGUGGACGCCUGGGAUGGCUGGGCUGCACGUGGGCGGCCCUCAGUGCCUGUGUCUGGGAAGUGUCCCCGCGGGACAGAGGAGGUGUGGAGGGUGGGAGAGGAGGAGGAUCUUGGAACCAGCAGUCUCGUCAAACCCUCUUUCCAGAUGGCUCCACAGGCGUUCUUGAUGGACUGUCUUUCGUAUUAAGGAAGCUACAUUAAGAAGAGACCCUAAAUAUUCAUUACAGCAUCUCAUUCUGUUUCCCAUCCUUUCCUGCUCAGUAUUUUACCCAUUAAGGUUCGGACACAGCCGUUCCUCCGUGGGCUCAGAGCCGAGUUUUUAGAGGUGCCGUAGUGACCAGUCGGUCUCUCCCGGGCUCUUCCUGUCCCAUUCCAAGAAUCAGGUAGAAUAGUCCAUGAAAGUGAAGCUGAACAUUGAUUUAAGGCAAAAGAAGAAAAAGAACAUAAGAGAACUGUUGAGGAAGGAAGUGCUCCAGAAAGAAGAGCUCCAAAGAGUGCCUCUGGGCCACUUAGAGCCAGAAAGGGGCCAGCAAGCAGGCCCAGGGCCAAGAGCUCAGGGACCACUGCCCUUGCUGUGGGCAGUGAGGGCCGCACACGUGCACUGCCCUUUCUGACGUUUGGUCUAAGCCAUCCCAUGAAAACCCCACUUGGCCUUCUGCUGCAAGGAGGUAUCAGGUGCGGUGGGGAGCUGCUCCCCCACUCAUGCUCCUGGUUCACACGUGCCUGCCGUGGACAGGUCACGCAGUCAGCCCCCCAGCCACACGGCCUUCGUCCCCUGCCUCUGUCUGACGCUAUUCCAGACCAGAUUCGUAACUAUGGGCCUCCUCCUCUCCCCUCUUCUCUCUCCCCUCUCCCCUCUCGCAAGCUCUCCUCUCUCGGUCCCUGUCUCUCUGUCUCCCUCUCCCUCUCCUUCUCCCUUGAUCCCCUUUGCUUGCCCUUUCCAAGGCUCCCGCCAGCCGCCCAGUCCAGCCCCGCAGAGCCCAGCACACACCUCCGCCCUUACCUCCUGCAGGAGGCUCUGUUCCCGUGAAGCACGCGUCCGCCCCUCAUGCAUUGUGCAGUUCUCUUAUUUAUUGUUUUUAAUUUAUUUAUUGUGUACCUGUCCUUGCGUGGUAGGCUGUAAGCAACUUGAGGGGAAGGAUAUUUGUCUGUUGACUAUACUGUUCAACAUAUCCUGAGCCCCUCGCAUACGGCUUUCUAUAUGCUUAUCUCUGAAUGCACAUGUGUUGAAUGAAUAAACAAUGGCCACUCUGAAGGCGGAAUUAAAUGUA